AUGGCACACCAGGUAAUUAAAAAUAGAUAUGUAGUCUGUCGCUGUCUGACUUAUCAUCCAGGUACAGCCGUGCAAAGACUCUGCUAUGAAAAAUUCAAGGAGGCAUUCCCCAAUGACUACCAGGAUAUUCUCAGUGCAUAUAGCGAAGCGCAUCACAUAGGCACUGCUUCAACUCUCAAUCAGUGUCUUCAGUCCUUCCAGAAGCUCUAUAGACGAGUGGCAAGCUUGCUCGAUUCUGCUUCAACAAGAUUUGGUUUUGAGUCAGCUAUUGUAUUGUGUGGCAACAUAGUCAACCAGGAUGCCUCUCUAGGUCAUGUACAUACGACGCCGGCUGCUGCAGGGUUCUUUGAGACGCGCUGCCAUGCCAAUGACGAUACCAUCAUUGGACACCUGAAAGCUCAUGUAUUGUAG